CCCUUGUGGAUGCACGGCCUCGGUGACUCCGCUCCUCCCGGUGCAGAGGGGUCUCAAGAGGCCGGAGGAGCGGACUCCGGACGGAAUUUCCGAGAAAGGGGAGAGCAAGGGCGCUCCACCCGCUCUGGAGUGGUUAAGUGAACGAUGAAGGGCCGGCGGCGGCGGCGCCGGGAGUACUGCAAGUUCGCGCUGCUGUUGGUGCUAUACACGCUGGUGCUUCUGCUCAUCCCCUCGGUCCUGGACGGCGGCCGCGACGGGGACAAGGGAGCCCGGCACUGCCCGGGCCUGCAGCGCAGCCUGGGAGUGUGGAGCCUGGAGGCGGCGGCGGCGGGCGAGCGCGAAGAGGGCGCGGAGGCGCGGCCAGCUGCGGAGGGGGGCGCUGGCGGGUCCCCUAGGUCCCCGGGCAACCUCCACAGCGCCGUCGGGGAGGCCGCGUCUCGCGAAAAGCAGCACAUCUACGUGCAUGCCACCUGGCGGACCGGCUCAUCGUUCCUGGGCGAGCUCUUUAACCAGCACCCGGACGUUUUCUACUUGUACGAGCCCAUGUGGCAUCUGUGGCAGGCGCUGUAUCCGGGCGACGCCGAGAGUCUGCAGGGCGCACUCCGAGACAUGCUGCGCUCACUCUUCCGCUGCGACUUCUCAGUCCUGCAGCUGUACGCGCCGCCCGGUGACCCCGCUGCGCGCCCCCCGGACGCGGCCAAUCUCACCACGGCCUCCCUCUUUCGCUGGCGGACCAACAAGGUCAUCUGCUCGCCGCCGCUGUGCCCUGGCGCACCCCGGGCCCGCGCCGAGGUCGGCCUUGUAGAGGACGCCGCCUGCGAACGCAGCUGCCCACCCGUGGCUCUCCGAGCCCUGGAGGCCGAGUGCCGCAAGUAUCCGGUGGUGGUCAUCAAGGACGUGCGCCUCCUCGACCUGGGCGUGCUGGUGCCCCUUCUACGCGACCCAGGCCUCAACCUGAAGGUGGUGCAGCUUUUCCGCGACCCGCGAGCUGUCCACAACUCGCGUCUCAAGUCCCGGCAGGGGCUGCUGCGCGAGAGCAUCCAGGUGCUGCGCACCCGCCAAAGGGGCGACCGCUUCCACCGUGUGCUGCUGGCGCACGGCGUAGGAGCUCGCCCCGGGGGAGCGUCCCGUGCGCUGCCAGCCGCGCCGCGUGCCGACUUCUUCUUGACCGGUGCGCUUGAGGUGAUCUGCGAAGCCUGGAUGCGCGAUUUGCUGUUCGCGCGCGGCGCUCCCACCUGGCUGCGGCGCCGCUACCUAAGGCUGCGCUACGAGGACCUGGUGCAGCAGCCGCGCGCCCAGCUGCGCCGCUUGCAACGCUUUGCCGGGCUCCGCGCGCUUGCAGCCCUCGACGCCUUCGCGCUCAACAUGACGCGCGGGGCUGCCUAUGGCGCUGACCGGCCCUUCCACCUGUCGGCGCGCGAUGCCCGCGAGGCCGUGCACGCCUGGCGCGAGCGCCUGAGCCGAGAGCAGGUGCACCAGGUGGAGGCUGCCUGCGCCCCAGCCAUGCGCCUGCUGGCUUACCCUCGUAGCGGGGAAGACGUCGAUGUCGAGCCGCCUGAGGACGAGGAGACACAGCCGGAGCCCGAGGAGGACGACGCCACGUAGCCGGCCACCGCGGGACGGAUCCGGGUCAGUCACCAUAAACCGGGACACUCAGCAUGUUGUCCCAGCAUUGGAAGAAGCCACGCUGUGGAGGCAAUCUAUCACACUGUCAGAGACUGGGGCUUGACUUGGUACCAACUGCUGUGCAGUUGGAGCAGGAAUAUCAUGGGCUGUUAAAUAAUGAAUGACACAUUGGUUGAAAUGAAGUUUCCAGUAAGGAAGUGACAGUGCAAUGCAGAUAAUUAUGGCAAUAAAUUAGGAAGAGCUUUAGUUCCCAGCCUGACCCUGCCUCUGUUGGAGCCAAUUCAACAGGGCGUUCUCAGAACAAAGAAGAGAUGUGAUUUGGUACUGUUUCCCAUCAGCAGGUGCCUGGACAAAACAUCAAUGUGAAGACGGGCCAAGUGCAGUCCUAUGUAUCUUGAUUAAAUCACUUAAUAUUAAAUAAAAGAUUUGGGUGGUGUAUUUUAAAAUCUGACUCAUCCAGCUUUUCUUCAAAUAGCUCCCCUGGCCCCCACCCCUAAAUGGAUUUUUUAAAAGUAAUUUCCUGGGGUGAGAAAACCCUAAUGAACUGAAAGAAAUGUUUGCUUUUAAAUUGUUCUAUCUGAUGUUUUUGUAAUUAUACUAUUAAAUGGUUCUGGAGUCACUGUUAAUGA